AACAAAAAAAAAAAUCUAAACGUAAACAAAUCCUACUAGUGGGGGAGAAAUCGGUGCGUCGUUUUAGAAAAGCUGUGCUUACUCAUCAGUUAACCAGUGAAAUUUAGGUACGUCGGGAGUUUAGAGACAAAACGAUAACUUCUCUAUCAAAAUGAUUGCAACCAGAGUACGAUUUGGUGGAUUGCCGAACAUAGUGCAGCGACAGUUGGAGCCGAAACGAUAUGGAAUGGCACAAUACCAACGUACCUUAAAUGUCGCUACACCUAGCUCGCUGAUAAGUGAUACGAAAACAACCCUUCCAGUGUCGUCACGCGGUCAUAGAAUGUUUUCCAGCAUCAACUAUCUGCGAGGCGAUUUGGAAUGUACGGCCGGAACGAUGAACGAUGUGAAACAAACGAUCAUAAAAAAGCUUGGAAUUGAAGUCGGGUACACACCGUUCGUAAGCACCCGCGAACAUCUGGUGCAGUAUGUACCUCCAUCGGUUAAUGUACUCCCACCCCGGAGUAUGCAGGAUUCGUUUACAUCGGCAAUAAUUCCGCUGACGACGGAUAAAAUUCUCAAGGACAAGUAUGUCGGUUUCAUGGGAAAUGUGCGCGUUGGUCGACUGAUGGAAGAUAUGGAUAUGUUUGCCGUUUGGGUGGUUCAUAAGCAUGUUCUGUUGCCGGACCUGCCCGAAGGAGUUUCUCUACCGUAUACGUUUGUAACCGUGCUGGUGGACAAGAUCGAUUUUACCGAUCUAGUACCAACUCAUGAUGCCGACAUUCGUCUUUCUGGACAUGUAAGUUGGGUGGGACGGACCUCGGUAGAGGUAGUGGUCUGGAUGGAGCAAAAACUGCACGGCAAAUGGCGCAAGCUUACGCGCGCACUGUUUCUAAUGGCAGCACGAGAUGCGACCAAUACGAAAGCCGCCUUUAUCAAUCCGCUGGUCCCUGCAAACGAAGAAGAGAAAGCAAUUUUCGAUGGAGGGGAAUCGCGCAAAAAACGACGCAUUCAGAUGCAGCAGGAAGAUUUGCUAAAGACCGAACCAAACGAUUUUGAGCAACGCAUGGUGCACGAACUGUUCGUAAAAUCCAUCGAUACCAAGAGCAAAGCCUUCAACAAACGCAUCCUACCACCGGGAUAUGUUUGGAUGGAGGAAGCCACCAUGGCGAACAUAGUGUUUUCCCAUCCCGAAGAUCGCAACGCUCAUAAUAAAGUGUUCGGUGGAUUCUUGAUGCGCAAUGCACUAGAGUUGAGCUGGGCUUUGGCUUACAAUUUUGCCAAGCGUCGGCCCAAGCUAGAACAUAUAUCGGACAUUAGCUUCCAUCAUCCGGUGGAUGUUUCUUCGAUGCUGAACAUGCAGGCACAUGUCAUCUUUACUGAUCUUCACUACAUGGAAAUUGUUGUGCUAGCCGAUGUGUAUGAUGCCGUGACCGGGCAACAAACGACAACGAACAGUUUCUAUUACACGUACUCUGUCGCUGAACGAUUGCCCAAAAUAAUGCCGAAAACGUACCACGAGGCAAUGUAUUACUUGGAUGGACGACGAAAAUUCCGCUACGCCAUGGGUAUCGAUGCAGCUACGUCGUCUGCUCCGCCUGCAGGAACGACGGACACAACGAAGAGCAAGUUGUGAAUGUGCAAUGUAGCACGCAAGCACCGUGCACAGUUCAACGGUGAGUUUACAGGGAGAGAUUAAUGUUUUAUUCAUAUUUAUUUGGCACCCGAUAUAUAAUGGCGUAACUUUGCUUUAAAAGCACUUAAACGUCUAACGUUCGACAAGCAGCUUAACACAGUUAGCUCUACCUUAUUAUGAUGCCUAAAUUGUGUUUUCGUUUCACUUAUGAUAUUUGUAUUACGGUGAAUAUUACAGCCGGACAUUGAAUGCGAAAUAAGAGUUAUGUUUUGUGAAAUGAA